AUGUCAGGUUUACAAGUAUACGGAGGAGAUGAGAUCACAUCCAUAGUAAUUGAUCCUGGUUCUUAUACUACGAAUAUUGGGUACUCAGGUUCCGAUUGUCCCGAAUCUAUUAUUCCAUCUUCGUAUGGUCAGUACAAAGAUACUGCUAAAGAGGAAAACCAAAAAAAGACGAAGGUCUUUUCUGAACAAUCCAUUGGACUUGCUAGACCAGAUUAUGAAAUCAAACGAAUCGUUGAGAAUGGAGAGAUUGCAGAUUGGGAUACAGCCCAAGAACAAUGGGAUUGGGUAUUAAAGAAUGAAUUAUUCUUAAAAAGUAACUCAGGGAUUCCGGUUUUACUGACGGAACCCAUUUGGAAUAGUGUUGAAAAUAGAAAGAAAUCAUUAGAAGUAUUAUUAGAAGGAAUGGAUUUUGAGGCUUGUUAUUUAUCUCCUGUGAGUACUUGCGUUUCAUUUGCUGCAGGUAGACCCAAUUGUCUCGUUGUCGAUAUUGGUCACGAUACUACAAGUGUUUCACCCGUUAUCGAUGGGAUGACAUUAUCAAAGAGCUCUACUAGAAAUUUUAUUGCGGGAAGAUAUAUUAAUCAUUUAAUUGAGACGUAUUUAAAACCGAGAGAAAUCAUACCACUUUUUGCCAUUGAAAGUAGACGACCAGAAUUUAAGAGAAGAACGUUUAACUAUCAAGUAGACGAUUCUUUAUUUACUUAUGGUAAUGAAAGAGGGUUCUAUCAAGAAUGUAAAGAGACUUUAUGUCAAAUUAUUCCAAAUAGUACUCUGGAGAAGAGUCAAGAUGAGCUAUCGACAAUGACGAAAAGGUCUAUCGAAGCUCCAUGGGCGGAAGAAAUUGUAUUUGAUAAUGAAGCUAGAUAUGGGUUUGCAGAACAGUUAUUUUCCCCUCAUAGAGAAGAUAUUCCUGAAGAUUGGCCAGUGACAAAAGAUGGUGUAGUGGAGACGUGGCAUAAUGAUUAUAUUCCAUUGAAGAGGAAUAAACCAAGUGGGGGUACUAACACGGCAACAAAGGAAUCUACACCUCAGGCACAACCUUCACCAUUGAAGACAGAAGAUACGCCGAAUAAAACAACGACUGAAACAGCGGCUUCAGGGGAAUCUACAAAUACUUCAGAAACUGUUAACGAAAACGGUAAGAGGCCUAUUGAAGAUACAACGACUUCUACUGCCAAAAAUGAAGAUUCCGAAGUAUCUAGCAAUGGCAAUGGAGUUGAUAUAAUUGGCAUAGCUGAUCUUGUUCAAAGAUCUAUAUUGGAUAGUGAUGUUGAUUUGCGUGCGUCCUUAGCUCAUAAUGUUGUUAUAACUGGUGGUACCUCUUGUAUUCCAAGAUUAAAUGAUAGACUAAUGUAUGAAUUGAGCAAGAGAUUACCUGCAUUGAAAUUCCGUAUUUUGACAACGGGACAUCUAAGGGAGAAACAAUAUCAAGCAUGGUUAGGUGGUAGUAUAUUGACGAGUCUUGGGACAUUCCAUCAAUUAUGGGUAGGUAAAGAAGAAUACAAAGAAGUGGGAGCUGAUAGAUUACUAGUUGAUAGAUUUAGGUAG